AUGUUUUCACAAAGAGCGACUCAACAAUCGCUGCGCCGGCUUGCUGCUGGUCAGCCAUCACUCAUCUCCCAAUUAGCCAUGAGGAGGCUCGCAGCUCCUGCAGCCAUCGGCGCAUCAAUGCAAACUAGACCAGUAACCACCCAAAAGUUGACUCCCAAAGAUAGCUACAACAUCCUAGUCGAACAACGUAAACUCCGACCUACCUCCCCCCAUCUCACAAUCUACCAACCUCAAAUUCCCUGGAUCAUGUCUGGGCUCUUCCGUAUCACCGGCUGUGUUCUCUCGGGAGGUUUCUACGUUUUCGGUGCUGCAUAUCUUGUUUCGCCUUUAUUCGGAUGGCACUUGGACACUGCCAGUAUGGUUGCUGCAUUCGGAGCUUGGCCUUUGGCUGCGAAGGUUUUGGCUAAGUUCUCGGUGGCUUUACCGUUCACAUACCAUUCUUUCAAUGGAUUAAGACAUUUUUCUUGGGAUAUGGGAAAGACUUUUAAGAACGCUACGGUUGUUAAGACUGGAUGGGCAGUUAUUGGUUUAAGUGUUAGCAGUGCUUUGGCUUUGGUUGCAUUCAUGUAG